AUGACGCAAUGGAACACACCGUAAAUUAUACAAUGCUGUCAACCCUAUACACCGGUCGGGUAGGAAUAUCUUCACACACUUUUUGAUAGCAAAAGUCAGCUGUUUAUCAUAAAGGCCCGCGUGAAUUUUUAACCCUUCCAAAAACGUGCAACUUCUGUGAUAUAUCAAUUAAACACAUUCCAUUAAUCUACAUCGACACCUGUUGCAAACACCCCUUGCUAAAAUGAGUGACGGACGCAAAGCAUUAGCUAUAAAAUUAUAUGAAAUUAAUGCUUUCAAAUUUGGCGAUUUCAAGAUGAAGGUGGGAAUUAAUUCACCUGUAUACUUCGAUUUACGUGUGAUUGUCAGCUAUCCUGAAGUGAUGAAUACUGUUUCCGAAUUGAUUGCUACCUAUAUCAAAGAACACCAAUUGACAGCAAAACAUGUUUGUGGUGUUCCUUAUACAGCACUGCCUUUAGCUACGCUAGUGUCAGUGCAGCAUGGUACUCCGAUGUUGGUGCGACGUAAAGAAGCAAAAGAUUAUGGUACAAAAAAGUUAAUUGAAGGACUCUACAAUGCUGGUGACACGUGCCUAAUAGUAGAGGACGUUGUGACAUCUGGUUCAAGCGUUUUGGAUACAGUGCGUGAUUUACAAAAGGAAGGCAUUGUUGUGACUGACGCUGUAGUGGUUGUGGAUCGUGAGCAAGGCGGUGCUAAAAAUAUAGCCGACCAUCAAGUGCGUAUGCACUCAUUAUUUACAUUGUCAUUCCUCCUUAAUACAUUGCAUGAAGCGGGUAAAAUUCAACGGGACACUGUUGAUGCGGUUGCAAGAUAUAUAGCUGCCUCUCAGAUCAAAGGAGAUGGUUCAUUUGUCAAUCCUCAGCAGAAUAGUAUUCCCAACGAUUUCUCACGCACUAAACUUUCAUUUGAGCAUCGUGCCACCUUAGCGAAGUCUGAACUUGCCAAACAGCUUUUCCUCUUGAUGGCCAGCAAAAAGACAAAUCUUUGCCUAGCCGCUGACCUAACACAAUCCGAAGAGAUUCUUAAUAUUGCAGAUGUUUGUGGACCCUAUAUUUGUGUGCUGAAGACACAUAUUGAUAUCGUUGAGGAUUUCAAUGACUCCUUCCCAACAAAGUUGCGAGCAUUAGCUGAUAAACACAAUUUCUUAAUAAUGGAAGAUCGCAAAUUUGCUGACAUAGGCAAUACAGUGUCUCUGCAAUAUGGCAAGGGCAUAUAUAAGGUAGCAAAUUGGGCGGAUUUGGUUACAGCGCAUGCACUUAGCGGUCGUAGCAUACUGCAAGGUCUCAAAGCGGGUAUAACUGAAAAUGCAUUGGAUGGAAGAAAACGUGGUGUCUUCUUACUUGCUGAAUUAUCAAAUUCAGGAAGCUUAAUCGAUGCUAAGUAUUCGGAAGCUGCUAGCAAAAUUGCCACCGAAGGUGGUGAUAUAGACUUUGUUGCUGGUAUAGUUUGCCAGUCAGCAAAGUGUUUCCAUUUCCCUGGUUUGGUGCAACUUACACCAGGUGUAAAAAUCGAUGAUACCGUCGACCAGCUGGGACAACAAUAUCAAACACCCGAACAUGUAGUGCAGGUCCGAGGCGCUGAUAUUGGCGUAGUGGGACGUGGAAUUUUACAAGCAAAAUCUGUUGAAAAGGCAGCGGCACUCUACCGCGAUCGUCUCUGGGCGGCAUACACCGAUCGGAUAGCGAAAUGACUUCAAUAGAAAUAUUUAAACAGUUUUUAUGAUCUAUAAGCUCACAAGUAAUUAUUACGAAAAGUGCCCAUUUCUUAUGAAUUUCCUUUAAAUUAAAUUUAAAUUUAACAGUGUUAAUUUAAGCGCAUAAUUAUCCAGCUACAAAAAAUAUUUUUUUAGCAAAUUUGUUUGUUUGAUAUAUGUA